GUACGAGUACAUGUUCGAGCUUUGGAAGGCCCUGGAGCCGUACAAACCGCAGGAGGCGCUGCCCGUGGUGGUCGGCAUCGCCAUGGCCUUCCUCGGCGGCGAGUUCCCCCUGCUGAUGGCCGCCGUCGAGGCGUACCGACAGAUUGGCUGGGAGCCCAGCUGGAAGGCGAUCCAGAAGUUGUACUGCGAUGCCAAGCAGGUCCUUGAGAAGUCCCUGGAGGACGACAAGAAAGACGAUGAUGGAGAUGGUACUCCGGACGUGUUGCAGAUCACCCAAUCGGAGUACAUCCAGCGAAAGACGAUGCUGGUGCUGAGGACGCUCGACCCCCAGUCCUGCACGGAGGCUCUGGAGGCCAUCACGUGCGGCGCCACGGCCGUCAUAGCGGUGCUGAAGGUGAAGUUCGCCAAAGUCCUCGCUCUCGGUGCAUCCAUCGGGGACUGCCUGAAACGCCCGGCCCUGGAGUACUGCUUGCCGAGGGUGAAGCCGUUCCUUCACGAUGACCUGCAGAAGUGGGCGGAGCCCGCCGUGGCCUACCUGUGCAAGGUCAUAGCGAUCACCCUGACCUGGUGGGUGCAGCGCAUCAUCUCGGCAUUCCACAGCGCUAUCCGCGGUGGGCACAUGGCCGGGAAGGGCGUGGUCCAGCUCCUGCACAGCAGGGGCCUGAUCCAGGCCACCCCGGACGACACCUACGCGGACGAGAUCGCGGGCUACGCCAUCGCUGCCGCGGGCUUUGUUUGGCAGCUGAGCAUGGGCUUCCACCUGGCGUUCUACUACAAGCUGCUGCUUCUGCCCCUCUCCAUCACGGAAUACACGCUGCGCUGGGUCAUCGCCGCGUGAGGCGCCACGGCCGCUUCGGGGGGGAGGAGGCCCAGAGCGCUCACGCUGGGCGCCCCUUCCUCCUUUCUCCUCUUCCUCGUUCGUCGUCGUCGUAUUCU